UGACAAAGAGAAAGGAGUAGUGUUGGAAAAAGUGAACCAAAGCCUAAGACACCUUGGUGGUAGAGUAAUUCCUGCUGCUGCCUUAUCUGAAGAAUGUGUGCCACAGUCACCAUGCCAGCUUUCUAGUGCAGAUUUAGUGUCAGCAUCCAGUAUACUUGAAUAUUAUAUGGAUCGUGAAGAAUGUAAAGGUCUUGUAAAUACGCAACAAGCCAGUCUAUAUUUUGAACCUGAGGCAAAAGCAUGUCAGCUAACACUAACACCAACAGGUAAACGAGUGUCUCAUACCAGGAUCUGCAGUUGUGCCAACCCAACAGGCACUUUAUCUAGAGGUGAUGUAGCUGGUUGGCCAGGAGUGCGAAACACUUUACUGCACAGAGAAACUGAGGAAAUUGAGGAGUCAUUGCUGUCAAUUUAUGUCAGAGGAAUCUUGCCCAAUACCAGUUUCGAUCUCCAUGGUGUUGACACUACGCAGACGUACAUCUGCUCUGCAACAGGAUCACCCCAGACGAAAGGAACCAGCUUAAUAUUUCACUGCCUCGUCUCGAAGUUAUCAGCAAACACACUAGCAUUGGUUGUUGAAAUAAGGAUUAAUUUGAUGGAAACAAGGUUGGCUAUUCUCAAGCCCUUAACAUCAACAUCUGGUCUCCUAUGUUUGUUUGAUCAUGGCUGCAGGCUGGACUCCAAUGGCCAGCUGUUUAUGUGUAGUCACCAAGAGGAGCCAACGAGUACCGGAGCUACUGCAAGUAUUGAGUGUAGCACAAUGCCAGCUGAUAAGGAUUCUGCAGGGAACAUUGGUAAUAAGCUGAGAAGAUUUCCUCUGGUUGCCAUUGAGCCCUGGUACAUUGCUCCCGAAGGAGCAAGUUUAGGCUGUAAUCUCUCUAUCAGGUUAAAACAAUUGGCGCAGAAUACCGGAAGGAGGCAUACUUUCAGAAAUCUUGCAGAAAACUACAGACGAUCUCUCAUUCCACCUGUGCAGACGUUUGUUAAUUGUCAAAUUUGAAAUGUGCAGACAAACCGAAGUCACCGAUAAAAAGAGACAGAAAUCUCUCUGAGUGUGUAUCACAGCAAAUGACAAGAACUAUGUCUAUCAUGGA